UUAUAUUUACCACAUGGUUUUGAUAGUUGUGCGAAGUUUAAGUUAUUAAUUUUCUGUUUGAAAUAGAAAAUAAUAACCAUAAAAAGCGAUGGCUGAUGUACCCGACCUUAGUUCCGAUGAGGAACAUUUCGAAGACGAUGAGUGGCAAGAAAUGGAAACUAAUAAUACAUCAGUAACAUGUUUAUUUUGUGCACAUGCUCUUCCAUCGAUCGAUGAAGCCGUUUCCCACUGCGAAACAGAACACGGAUUUAAAUUGAGUGAAUUAAAAGUAAAAUUUAAUAUGGAUUGUUAUUCAUACAUAAAGCUUAUAAAUUACAUCAACAUUCAUAAAUCAAGUCCACAAGACAUAAUGUCCGCAGAAAAGCCUUUGUGGGACAACGAAAGAUACUUGAAACCAGUUGAAAAUCACGAAUGGUUAAUGUUCGAUUUCGAUUCUUUGGCAGACAAGCCAACUUCUCCUAAAUCAUACCAUGCAAAUGUCGAAAAUGGACUAGUAACUUUAUCUCAAGCACAUUUUAUUGAAUUGCAAAGAACAAUACAAACACUGACAGAACAGCUCAAAGAGAGUCAAACGCACCUCCAAAUGGCUAAAGAAGAUAUGAAUAAAAUGCAACAAUCUAUGAAAGCCCUAGUCGAAAGUGAUCCACUUAGCAAGGGCGGUGAUGUAGUUGUAGAUUGUGUAUCGAAAGUUCCUCUAGAAAGUGAUGAAGGAUAUUUCAGUAGUUAUGCCCAUUUCGGUAUUCAUUAUGAAAUGUUAUCUGACAAAGUACGCACAGAAAGUUACAGAGAUGCAAUACUUAAUAAUAAGGAUACAUUUAAAGAUAAAGUAGUAUUAGACUUGGGCUGUGGUACCGGCAUCCUAUCAAUGUUUGCAGCAACGGCUGGUGCUAAAAAGGUGUAUGCGCUCGACCAAUCUGAUGUUAUUUACCAUGCAAUGGAUAUCAUUAGGGAAAACAAGCUUGACAAUGUAAUACAAACUGUAAAAGGUAGGCUAGAAGAUACAAAGUUGGGUGAGAAAGUAGAUAUUAUAGUUUCAGAAUGGAUGGGAUAUUUCCUACUAUUCGAGGGUAUGUUGGAUAGUGUUAUAUAUGCCAGAAAUCGCUGUUUGAACCCUGGAGGUUUAUUAUUACCAAAUAAAUGUAAUAUUAGUCUCGCAGCAAAUGGUGAUAUGGACACACACAAGAGAUUGAUCGACUACUGGUCUGAUGUAUACGGGUAUAAAAUGAAUUGUAUGAAAUCUGAAGUCGUGCGAGAAGCUACCAUAGAUGUAGUGUCACAAGAACACAUUUUGUCCGAACCGUGUGUUGUUAAGGAAAUUGAUAUCUAUACAUGUACUAUUAACGUAAUGAACUUUGUGUCUGAGUUCAGGCUGCCAAUAACAAAAGAUGGUUAUUUGACAUCUCUGUUGGGAUAUUUUGAUACUUUCUUCGAUUUGCCGCAGAGUGUCUCAUUUACAACUGGUCCUCAUAAAACAGCUACUCAUUGGAAACAAACUGUUUUCUUUUUCAAAGAUCCCAAAGUAGUGAAACAGGGUGAUAUUCUAACAGGUAAAAUAUCUUGCAGUAGACAGAAAAAUGAUGUGAGAUCGCUAGCGGUAGAAAUUACUAUCUUUGGUAAAACCCAUAAGUAUAUACUUAAUUAAGAUCAAAUUUUAGAAGUAUUUUAAUUGUGAGUGCAUUAAUAUUAUCUCAGAAAUAUUGUAUAUGAUUAAGAAUCCAAGUUGUUGAAUGUGAACUUAGAUAUUGUUAAUAAUGAAAGAAAUUGCAUAACUCUCUUUUAAUAUAGUAUUGACUAUUUGAUUCAUGCUGUUAGACUUUGUUACUAGAGAUUAAAGUUCAAUUUGGCUUGCAAAUGAAAGAAUAUGGUUUUUUUAUUGGUCUAUUUGCGAUAUAUUAUUUACUUAUUUCUAGGUGUCUAUUUUUAAAUUUAAAUAUUAACUGCAAUUGAAAGUUAAACUUUCUUAAUAGUGGGCCUUCUGUAAAUAUUAAGAAAAAAUAUUUCACAGUAAAUGAGCUUAGAAGUACUUUACUUAUACGACUUUACUUAUAUUAUAGCAAAUAAUAAGUGAGAAUUGACAAAUUUUUACCUGAAUUACAUUAAAAUUGUCUUUUGCCAGCUACUAGUUGUAGAAAUAUUCAUAUACUAGCUUCCGCCCGCGACUCCGUCCGCGCGGAAAAAUUAAGAUUUACUUUUUUUCCACGUAUUUUUCCGGGAUAAAAAGUAUCCUAUUUUAUGCCC